AUGGCUACUGUUGAGUUGCAGCAGCAGUAUAAUAACGUUAUCAACUCUCUUUAUGAGGAGGUUGAAAUUUUUGGAUUUGUGGAUGAGCAAUUUAGUGAGCUGAUGGAGAAUGAAGGCAAUCCUGGUUUUGUGAGAGAAUGCCUUUCUUCGAUUUCUGAUGACAUACGCACCGCACUGAAUGGCAUACGCACCACACUGAACAAUGAACCGGUGGAUGACGGAAAACUGGAUAGAUGUUUAUUUGGUUUGUACUAUAGCAGCUCAAGGAUGGGGGCAAAGAGAGUCAAAAACAUAUACGUCACAUUUUGUGGGUUCUGUGUAGAGAAAAAGAGAGACGAGUGCUUACAGUGUCUGCAACAAGUGAAACAAGAGUUUAAUCUUUUCAAAGACAAGGUCGAGGAACUGCUUCAGAUUGAGAAUCAAAUCCUGCUAGCAGGUGGGACGAUUUCAACACGGUAUCGGCAUAAGCUACAUAGGGGAAAAAGAAGCAGCAGCAGCAGCAUGAAAGAGGAGUUACAGUUUGACAUGCAACUUUAA